AUGCCCUCUUCAAAACCUACUCCGCUUCAAAUCGCUGUCUUUGCCUGUGGUCCUGUAACGCCUGCGCAGGCCAAGGCUGCUUCACUUAGCGAAGGCGUUCAAGGAACCCAGGAGCUCUUCAGCAAUUUCAUCAGCGACUAUUGCUUCAAGGGCGCUAACCCGUACAACUCGGGGGGAAAUGUCAUCAAUCCCGAGCUUGCAAAGAUCACCGACGGCCUACAGUUCUCGGUUUGGGACGUUUUAGGCGGAGAACCAUGUGACGUCGACGAGAAGCGCACUUUUAUCGAUGAUGAUCCUCGUUUUCCUUCCGAAGCCAUCCUCAAUACAAUUGAUGUGAUCAUCAUAUCAGGCUCAGAAGCGAGUGUUAGGUACUGGAAGACGGAUAGCUCGGACCCGAGUAAGAUUACCCCAGACGGAAAGCCUGUGUGGGAAGGCAAAAUCAAGAGGUUGCAAAAAUACCUUCGCUACGUCAUCGACCAAACCGAUCGGGGCGAAAAGGACACCAGGGUGUUCGCCAGUUGUUUCGGUCACCAGAUCCUUUCGUUCAGUUGCGGAAAUGCGGUCGGAUUGAACCCCAAAGGUUGGGAGGUUGGCCCCACGCGAAUUCGCCUGAACGAUCUAGGGAAGAGUGUUUUCAAGGGCUCUCAGGGAUUCUUGACAUUGCAAGAGAUACACCGAGACUACGUCUGCCUGAACAGCAACGCUGGAGGCGGCGAAUACGAGGGAGGUCCUCCCCGAUCGGAAGAGGAUGUGGUUAUCGACGAUAGCAUUGACCGUGUCGUUGGACUCGACUGCUGGGGUAAAUCCGAUCUCACUCCGAAUCAGGGUAUGAUCAAGUUUUUGGGUACACAAAAACCUAAGGAAGCCCUCAAGUCGGCCAAGAAUUACUUCGAAGCGCUGGAAAAGGCCCAUAUCUUCACCACUCAGGGUCACCCCGAGUUCAACAGAGAGUCCAUGGCAGAUCUAAUUCAGGAGUGCCUCGAAACAGCGGAUAACAAAGGGGGCAUUCCAAAGGAUGUUGCCGAUGCUGCUUUGAAAGAGAACGAUAGGAAGGACAUUGAGAUCAGCUAUGAAUCCAUCGCAUUAGUCUGGUGGCUGAUGCUGAAAGGCGCGUAUGAAGCAAAGAACGGCAAAAUAGCCCUCUAGUCGGCCCAGUAGCUGUGACGCAUAAUUACC